UCCUGUCGCGCCAUUCCGCGUUUGUCCAGUAGCUGAUCUUCGAACAGCGGCGCCAGCUAGAAGUCAAGAGAGAAGGACGGACCAGAGAGGAGCACGGCGAGCGACUUGGUGCUGUGGCCGGUAUAUCGCGCAGGUGCAGCAGCCAGCCAGCCAGCCAGCCGUCGCGACGCACGCUCGCACGACGCCGCACGACGCCGCACGACUCCCGCCGAUCGAUUGGCCGAUCGACUUGGCUUAACCCGCUCGCUCCGUUUUGCUAAUCAGCGCCAGCUGGGGGACUCAUGCGCGUCAAACGCUGCGAUCGGAACUUCGAAAUUUGGGUCCUGUAAGAGGACGCCGAGGAUCCGCAGCGAGUCGAGCAGCGCCGAGUAGUGCCCGGUCCAAGCAGAACUCAUCCGGCCCUUGGCUUAUUCAUUGGAUCGUCUCCCGAGGCAGCACUCGCAGCUAUGAACAUCGAUGAGUAUCGGAAACACGGCAAGGAGAUGGUGGACUACAUCGCGGACUAUCUGGAAACGAUCCGCACUCGGCGUGUCUACCCGGCCGUGUCGCCAGGCUACCUACGGAACAUUCUGCCGCAAUCGGCGCCCUCCGAGGGCGAGGCCUGGCAGGACAUCUUCGAGGACAUCGAGAAGUGCAUCAUGCCCGGGGUCACCCACUGGCAGAGCCCGCACAUGCACGCCUACUUCCCGGCGCUCAACUCGCCCGCCAGCCUGCUCGGCGACAUGCUGGCCGACGCGAUCAACUGCAUAGGCUUCACCUGGGCCUCUAGUCCGGUCUGCACGGAGCUGGAGACCAUUGUGAUGAACUGGCUGGGCAAGAUGAUCGGCCUGCCCGACCAGUUUCUGCAUCGGGCGACUGGCUCCGGGGGCGGCGUCAUCCAGACUACGGCCAGCGAGGCGACCCUCGUGAGUCUCCUGGCCGCCAGGACCAGAGCCAUCCGGGACAUACAGGAGAACCAUCCGGACCUGUUGCCCGCCGAGAUCAACGCCAGACUCGUGGCCUACUGCUCCGAUCAGGCCCACUCCAGCGUCGAGAAGGCUGGCCUCAUCGGACUGGUGCGCAUGAGAUACAUCGAAUCCGACGAGAAUCUCAGCAUGAGAGGCGACGUGCUCGCCGAGGCCCUCGAUCGCGACCGUGAACUCGGACUCGUGCCCUUUUUCGUCUGCGCCACUCUGGGCACUACGGGCGCUUGCUCGUUUGAUAAUCUCCGAGAAAUUGGUCCGAUAUGCGAAAAGAAUGCUCUCUGGUUGCACAUCGACGCGGCGUACGCUGGCAGUGCGUUCAUAUGCCCGGAGUUUCGUCACUGGAUGCAAGGAAUAGAACACGCUGAUUCCUUUGCUUUCAAUCCCAGCAAGUGGCUGAUGGUUCAUUUCGACUGCACCGCGCUAUGGGUGAAGAACAGCCAGACGCUUCACAGAACGUUCAACGUCGAUCCCAUCUAUCUGAAGCACGAGAAUUCAGGUCUCGCGAUAGACUACAUGCACUGGCAGAUCCCGUUGUCCAAGCGAUUUCGAGCAUUGAAGCUAUGGUUCGUCAUCAGAAAUUACGGCGUGUCCGGCUUGCAGAAGCACAUCCGCGAGGGAGUCAGGCUCGCUCAGAAAUUCGAAGCCCUGGCGUUGGCCGACCCGCGAUUCGAGAUCCCAGCAGCUAGGCACCUGGGAAUGGUGGUCUUCCGAUUGCGCGGCGAAAACUCGCUGACGGAGCGGCUGCUGAAAAAAAUGAAUUCUCGAGGCCGCGUGCAUUGCGUACCCGCGGCGCUCCAUGGCAAUUACGUCAUUCGGUUUACCGUCACGUCCACCAAUACCACCAACGAAGACAUAAUACGUGACUGGGCGGAAAUCAAAAGUACCGCCACCGAAAUUCUGGGCCCUGGACACACUGCCCCCUCGAGGGCGAAGGUUCCAUUGGCAGAAACUCGCGAGAAAAAUGAAAAUUUCGGCUCGAGCCUCCUGCUGGCCAAUUCUCCCAUGUCACCGAAAAUUGUGAACGGCAGUUUUGCCGCCAUAUACGACGCGACCGACGUUUUCAACGAGUGCAUGAAGACUUUUGGCCAGCUACGCCUGGAGGCUCGGGACAGUCCAGCAAUGCGUCGACGAAUUAGAGGAAUUUUGAUGUCCGGAAAACAGUUUUCCUUGGACUCCCGCAUGGAUUUAGUUCAGGGGUAUGCGUCCUGUGCUCGUCCAUUGUCUGAGCCUUGCCCAAAUCUAUUGCAACUCAAAGAAGACGAUGAUUCGCUCGGUAAGAGCGAAUCCACUCUGAGCAUCGAUAAUUUGGAAGCUACUAUGGGAGAUUUUAGCGCAACUCUCGCAGACCACUUAGGUUGCCCUGACAAAGAUGAAUUAAUAAUCAACGACAAUCUCAAAGGAGCCAAUGAAGGCGAAGAUUUUAUCGAGGAUUCGCUGCCCAAAAAGAUACCUAGAAGUGAGACCAUUGGAGCAAUUAGCUGUCUUAACACUAUUUAUUCAGACAACAAUAUAACGCUUCUGGAUGACGAAGCAUUUUCAGAUGAUACACUUUGUCAAAAGUGCGGUCAUUACGUUACACAGCAUUAGAAAGUUCGAAAAAAAUAAAAAAAAUUACAUUAUUGAUUUUAAAUGGUAUUGCAGCGCAAUAACGAAAAAAUGAAAUAUGUUGUUAAUCAUUGUGUUCGUUACCAGUAAACAGGUUUCCGAUUAAUUAAAAAAACCAGUUAUUUAUUUCGGUUGCUAGUUCCGUUAAAACUUGCACAAGUGCAAGAAAACAGUGAGCUAAAUUUAGUUAAAUAGAUGUUGUCGUGCGAUUGAUAGUACUUGUUAAUUGUUUUCUUAGCUACAGUAUAUCGAGGGAUAUUUCUUGCUGUAACAUUCCAAAAUUAAUCAAAACAUAGAUUUACGAUGUGCAAGUUUCAGGUAGAAAUUGCAAAAUUCGAUUGUUAUAUUCUGAUAAUUUUACAUUAUCAUUUGAAUAUCAAUCUAUAUUUUAAAUUUGACUUGAAAUAUUUGGAUAUUAAGCUAUUCGUACAAAAAGAUAUAUUGUAAUCAAUUGAGCAGCUGUUUAUUUCGUUUCAUUCACGAACAUGAUCUUAUAUUUAUUGUUCACUAAAUGUACUACUGACAUUUAAACCGUGUUUUUCUUGACGUAACAAUUUUGUGGUGAAUCUACAUAAAAUAAAUUAAAAAACAAA